AUGUCCAAAGUAUUGUUUCGUGCUCAUUUUCAAAAAUUUAAUAAUAUCAUGGAAUUAUAUCAACUUGAAAACGGACAAUCAAUUUUACAAAAGGUCAGGCAUCCAGUUAAAAAAUUUGAAUCCGAUCUUUUUGCAUGGAAAACAUUGGACAAUAUAAGUGUCAUUUUUUCCAGACAAGAAAAUGAUUCUUUUAAUAGUGAAAAUAACAAUUCAGUAGCGAUGGAUCUCGAUGACAUGGAUAUUUUAAGCGAAAAAAUAGACAUAUCGCAAAACAAUAUGGAUCCGAGUUUGGUUGAAGACUUGAACAAAGAAAUAUCGGCCUUUUCACAGUUAUAUAAUGAAAUGGUUGCUUUAGAUUUAAUACAGCGUACUAAAGAUACAUUGGAAGAAACUUUAUGUGAGCAGAUUGAACUUAGAAUUUUAAAUACCUGCAAAGGCACAUUCAACAAACCAAUGCUUCGCUCUUCAUCAAAAUGGUUGUAUUCGGUUGUUUACCAUUGGCUACGAAUUGUUCUAUCGUCAGAUCCCCAAACCUCAGCUGAUUCAAUAGAAG